CGCAGACGACUCACCCUGGGCCGGGGGUGAGGCUUGGUGGGUGCGAGGGGUGCUGAGGAGGCCGAGGAGGGCACUGGGAGCUCCGUUCCGGGGAGCUGUCUAAGGACGCGGAACCGGGUGGGGAGGCCAGGGAGGUAACCAAGAGUCCGAGCCGGGCCUGGUAAUUCUGAGGAGGGAACCGGGACCGCGGUAUCCAGACGCUCCGAUCUGUACGAGCCGGGCCUCGGGCGUGGUCCGUGGGCGUGACCUUGAGGGUGACCCGGAGCGAGCUCCGCGAAGGGGGAUUUUGCCCGUUCUGAUCCCGCGGAAGCGCCAUCGCUGGCGGCGGGUCCCCGCGCGGAGCGGGCGCUGCGUGUUCGCGCGCGCGCGCGCGCGCCGAAUAGGGGUGGCCUCCUGCGCCCAACCUGCUGCAUUUUAGGACUGUUUCUUUUUCCAAAAGAGGAGCUCAAAAGAGAAAGUUCAUCUAGAAAUCUCAAAGCCAUGUCUCAGGUGAGAUGAUGUUUCCUCUCUUUCUGAAAUAACUUUUUUUCAUGGUGUAUGAACAUGAGCUUCCCUGUCCUUUAACCUUCCCUGAUAUUGGGAUUUGCUUCCAUGAAAUUAGUCUUCAGUCAGGGCCAGAUUAGGCUGAGGCAGGCAAGUGGCAUGAGGUGAAAUAUUUAAGGGGUACCCUCAGGGCUGUGCCCUCCUAAAUUUUGCAUUCUAGGUGCCUCACCUGCCUCACCCUAUAUCCAGCCCUGUUCACAAUUUCUCCAUUCCAACCAAAUCAACUUAAGCCUUCCCCAAGUGUACCUUCUGGUUGUACAUAUUCAUUGGGUACAUCAUUCAUCAUCUCCUUUCUCAGUCUUCUCACAAACAAACUGCUGGAAUAGAAAGGUAUUGUCUUGAUGUAAAUGGGAAUAUAUGGCUUGAAUGAAUUUAACUUGUCCUGAUGCUGAUUUGAGACCUAAGCUGUGAGUAGUCAUGGAGCAGACGUGGAAAAACCUUGAUUAUCUCUGCUAGCCUAGGUUUUGCAAUGAUACGUUGGGAAAUAGAAGUGGUAGAUCCCAGCAUUAGUUUCUGGAAAGAUGUCCUGCUUUGUGAGGUGUUUAGGAUAGCAAUUUGAUUGCAGGCUUGUAAAGGAAACAGGUUUUAUGUUCCUCCUCUCUCAUCUUCUUUUUUCUUUCAUGUCUGCUAGCCAUUCCUACAAAUUGUGGGCUGCCAGUGAAAACCUUUCCAGUAUUCCAAUGCUGUUAGAGAUUUGUUAUUUUCUUUUUAGUUUCUUCUAAUUUUUUAUUUGCGGGUGCAGGAGAAGGAAAUCCAUAUGCCAGGCCACUUUUGAAAUAUUCUAUUGUUGAUCAAACAGUACUUUGUCCUCUUUUCAUAUCUUUCAGAAAAUUCCUCUUUAGCUCAUCCACCAACCUUUAAAAUACAGGUUUUCCUCAGAUGCUAAUUGGUUCUCUUCUUCUUCACAGUCCGUUUUUCUCUACGCACAAUCAGAUUCAUUCUGAAGGCUACACUUAGUGUGAUUCUAGUGACUCUCAAAUACCCCUCUCCACUCUAGACCUCUGUCCAGAGUGUCAGAACUGAAUAUCCAACCUCCAGUAGCUAUCACCACCUGUAUGUUCCACAGACACUUAAAGUACAUUUCCAAAGCUUACCUCAUUACUUCCUUUGGUCCAGCUUACAUUUUCUUCUGUUUCCCAUUUUCACUUUCUAGUCCCAGCAGCCAUGCAUUUGCCUAUGCAGAUGACAUGCCUGUAUCUUUUCCACUCUACGGCCAAUUUACGACCAUCUCUGUUGUAAUGGUGGUCAUGUAGGAGCAGUUGUCCUCUGUCAGCCCGCUGACACUUCCUUAAUCUAGGAGACAUCUCUAACCAUGGUUACUUAAUUGUCAUUUCCACCUAACAUAUGAUAAGCCUUUUCCAGUCUUCAGGAGUAUUACCUCAAAACUUUUAUCACAUAACAUGUGUGUCAACUUAUGUUUAUUGAUGUUCUUUACAUUCCUUAAAGCAACAGACCCACAGUAGGGCAUGCCUCACAGUAGAAUGUAUAAGACGGUCUAUUGGAAGGAAAUAAAAUACUAACAAUUUACAUUCGAGAGCAGUAUUCAUUAACAAUGUAGGUUUUCAUAAAUGCCUAUUGAUGGUUUAUAAAUAGCUACAAUGUUGGGAAUGUGUUCAGUAUAUCUUUAAGACCACUGUUCUGUAGGAAAAAAAAAUCUAGUAUCAUGUCAUAAUAUCCCCACUGCCUAUCUCCAUAUACCUUUUCCUUCUUAGAGCUCAAAGACUGUUUCCUAACAUACUGUGCCUUUUGCUAUUUCCUGAUUUACUAACUGGUUUUUUUCUCCCCAUGAAUUUUUAAAAGCUGAUGCCCUGUAUUCCUACAAAACAAAUUCGUUGUGAGUACAAAACUUUUAUGUCCUCAAUGAAGCCUCGGAGUACAAAAUGAAAUUUUUCCUUGUUUUGUGACACUUUACCUUGUACAUAUUUCUGUCAUUGCAUCUGUAAAACCUACUAAGUGCAUGUAUUUACAUGUAUGCCCCUCUGUUAGCCUAUAACUUCUCAUGAGUAGGGUCAGGGUUUUAUUCAUUUUGGUCUACCAGGCAACCAGUCACAUUCAGGACAAAUAGUGUGAUCUCAGUAUGUUUAGCAUGAGAUUAUAAGUAAAUACAAAUGGAUGUAUUUUCAGAGAGAAUUUUAUGCAAUAUAAAACAUAAAUAAGGAAACUAGUCUGACCACUAAACAUUGUCAGUACUAGGUCUCCAAUAUCUAGUUCUCACACAUUUCCGAUCACUUCAGGAUGAACUAGAGUAUGCCCUUACAGGGAUCAGUGUCAUUCAAGGAUGUGACUGUGGACUUCACCCAGGAGGAGUGGCAGCAACUAGACCCUGCUCAGAAGGCGCUCUACAGGGAUGUGAUGUUGGAAAACUAUUGCCACUUCGUAUCUGUGGGGUUUCACAUGGCUAAGCCUGAUAUGAUCCGCAAGUUGGAACAAGGAGAAGAGCUAUGGACACAGAGAAUUUUUCCAAGUUACAGCUACCUAGAAGAAGAUGGGAAAACUGAAGAUGUCUUAGUGAAGUUCAAAGAAUACCAAGACAGGCAUUCUAGACCCCUCAUAUUCAUCAACCACAAAAAACUAAUUAAGGAGAGAAGUAAUAUUUAUGGUAAAACAUUUACUCUAGGCAAGAACCGUAUUUCAAAAACAAUACUAUGUGAAUAUAAACCUGAUGGAAAAGUUUUGAAAAAUAUUUCAGAACUAGUCAUUAGAAAUAUAAGCCCCAUAAAAGAGAAGUUUGGUGACAGUACUGGAUGGGAGAAAUCACUCCUCAAUACCAAGCAUGAGAAAAUUCAUCCUGCAGUGAAUCUCCAUAAACAAACAGAAAGAGUUCUCAGUGGUAAACAGGAGCUUAUUCAGCAUCAGAAGGUUCAAGCUCCAGAGCAACCAUUUGACCAUAAUGAAUGUGAAAAAUCCUUCCUGAUGAAAGGAAUGCUAUUUACACAUACUAGAGCUCACAGAGGAGAAAGAACCUUUGAAUACAAUAAAGAUGGAAUUGCCUUCAUAGAAAAGUCAAGCCUCAGUGUCCAUCCAAGUAAUCUUAUGGAAAAGAAGCCCUCUGCCUACAACAAAUAUGGGAAAUUCCUCUGCAGAAAGUCUGUUUUUAUUAUGCCUCAGAGACCUCAAACAGAAGAGAAACCCUUUCACUGUCCUUACUGUGGGAAUAACUUUAGAAGGAAGUCAUACCUCAUUGAACAUCAGCGAAUUCACACAGGUGAAAAACCUUAUGUUUGCAAUCAAUGUGGAAAGGCCUUCCGUCAGAAGACAGCCCUCACCCUUCAUGAGAAAACACAUAUAGAGGGGAAACCCUUUAUUUGUAUCGAUUGUGGGAAGUCCUUCCGCCAGAAGGCCACCCUCACUAGACAUCACAAAACACAUACGGGGGAGAAAGCCUAUGAAUGUCCUCAGUGUGGAAGUGCCUUUAGGAAGAAGUCAUACCUCAUUGAUCACCAGAGAACUCACACAGGAGAGAAACCGUAUCAGUGUAAUGAGUGUGGGAAGGCAUUUAUCCAGAAGACAACCCUCACUGUUCAUCAGAGAACUCACACAGGAGAGAAACCCUAUAUUUGCAAUGAAUGUGGGAAGUCCUUCUGCCAAAAAACAACCCUCACUCUCCACCAGAGAAUUCACACGGGGGAAAAACCCUAUAUUUGUAAUGAAUGUGGGAAGUCCUUCCGCCAGAAGGCAAUCCUCACUGUUCAUCACAGAAUACAUACAGGAGAAAAAUCCAAUGGGUGUCCUCAGUGUGGGAAAGCCUUCAGUAGGAAAUCAAACCUCAUUCGCCAUCAGAAAACUCACACAGGAGAGAAACCAUAUGAAUGUAAACAGUGUGGGAAGUUCUUCAGUUGUAAGUCAAACCUCAUUGUCCAUCAGAAAACUCACAAGGUAGAAACCACGGGAAUUCAGUAAGUAAUGUGGCUUUUUUUGUAAAAAAAAUGUUAAGUCAUAGUAAACCCUGUAGACGAUGUUGCUUGCAAGCGUAAUAUCCAACAGUUUAAGGUAUUAUACCACAUGGUAACCUACUGUUUGCCAGCCUGUAAAACACACACACACACACACACACACACACACACACACACACACACACAAAUAUUAUUAGACAAAUUACAUGACAAAAAUCAUUAAGAAGUCCAAACUUUUUUUUUAUUACUAGCUUCAGCAGACAAAAACUUCCUCUGUCAAGGUGUUAUAAACAUUUAAAAUCACAUUUUCCAUUUCAAUACAUAUCUUUUUGUUCAUCAGUAAUAACUAGUUGGCCAACUGACUGUGGUCCAUGGACUACACAGUGAGUAGAAGUUCUUUAAAAGAAGGAGGUAUGAACUGUAUUUCUCAUUGCAAAUACAAAAUAAAAAUUAGUUGUUACCUCCUCACAGUUGACCACGAUUCUGACUUCUAACAUUACAAAUUAGUUUUUACUAUUAUAAACCUUUCUAUAAAUUGGAUUAUGUAUCAUGUAUUCUUUCAUAUACAGCUUAUUACCUUCAUCAUGUCCCUGAGUCUAAUCAUUAGUAUAUGUGGCAGAAGUUUAUUUUUAUCCAGUAUAUAAUUCAAUUAUAUGAUUAUAUCACAAUUUAUCCAUUCUACUGUUGAUGGACUUUUACAUUGUUUACAGCUUAGGGUCAUAAUAAAUCAUGCUUCUGAGAACAUACUUGUCUUGGUGUACAUACAUGUAUUUCUCUUGUGUAUAUACUUAGGAGUGGAAUCGCUGGGUCUUAGAGCAUGUGUGUAUUCAGUCAGAUACUGGCAGACGAUUCAGAACUUUCACCACAUGAGAUAAUUGACACUGAAGGGAAACAGCUAUAAAUUUUAUCAAUAUGGUGCUUGUUCAAACCAGAGAAUUCAUGCUGCAGGGAAACUCAAUCAAUGUUAUUGUGAAAACUGGGAAUGUGAAUGUAAUAUAUGUAGAAAAACAUUUAGCCACAGCCCAAAUCUUCCAGGCAAAUGUAAUAAACGUGACAUUGCCGUUAGCCACAGUAAAUGCCUUAUUUGAAAUCAAAAAAUCUACUAGAGGAGAGGCAUCCAGCAUUUCCCUGGUUCAACAUCAGAGAAUUCCAACUAGAGAAAAGUCCUGUGACUGUGUUGAAGUUAGGGCGUGGGGAGGAAUAUAGUCUUUACCUAUGGUCUGUAUCUACUGGUCAGGUACAAAUGAUGAAUAUGGAAAAGCUUAUAGCCAUCGUUCAUAUAUUAUACUACACCAGGGAAUUCACAUAGGAUGAGAACUCUUCAAAUGAAAUGAUUGUAAGAAUGACUUUAACUGUUGCUCAUUUCUUUUACACCAUCAAAGACUUAAUACCAAAGAAAGGAAGAUUACAAGGAAACAAAUGGGUCUUGGGACUUUUUUUUUUUUUUUUUUGAGACAGAGUCUUGCUCUGUCACCCAGGCGGGAGUGCAGUGGCAUGAUCUCGGCUCACUGCAGCCUCUGCCUCCCAGGUUCCAGUGAUUCUCCUGCCUCAGCCUCCCGGGUAGCUGAGAUUACAGGCACGCGCCACACGCACGGCUAAUUUUAGUAUUUUUAGUAGAGACAGGGUUUCAUCAUGUUGGCCAGGCUGGUCUUGAACUCCUGACCUCAGGUGAUCUGCCCGCCUUGGCCUCCCAAAGUGCUAGGAUUACAGGGACUUUUAACUCUGGGGAAAGCUCUCUUUCAUGAAAGAAGUCUAGCCAUACCGAGACCAUAAUGCUAGGAAGUCUAUGUGUAGGCCCCCUGGUCAACAGCUACAGCUGAGCUCCCAGCCAUCAGCUAGCAUUAGCUGCCAACCAUGUAAGUGAGGCCUCUUGGACAUCCAGUCAAGCCUUCAGAUGACUGUGGACCCUGCUAACACCCAACUGGUACCACAAAUGAGACCUCAAGCAAGAACUGCCCAGCUGAGGUCUUCCCAAAUUCCUGGCCAACAAAAUCAUCAGGCUUUUUAACUAAAAACAGUUUUAUUUUUUAUUUAAUAAAAAAGUUUUUAUUUAACUUGAUUGUUUUAUUAAAAGGGAAAAGUAAUUUUUAAGUAUCUGUUAAUAUAUAAUAAAAAUAAAGAUAUAAGCCUGGGCUUGGUGGCUCAUUUCUGUAAUCCCAGCACUUUGGGAGGUGUUGGGAGGAUCACUUGAGCCCAGGAGUUCGAGACCAGCCUGGGAAACAUGCCAAAACCCCAUCUCUGCAAAAAAUUAGCCAGGAAUGGUGGCACAUGCCUGUAGUCCCAGCUACUCGGGAGGCUGAGUGGGAGGAUCACUUGGGCCCGGGAGGCGGAGGUUGCAGUGAGCCAGAAUAGCACCACCGCACUCCAGCCUGGGUAACAGAGCGAGACCCUGUCUCAUAGAUAAAUAAAUACAUAAAGGUGUAAAUAUUUGGAUUCUAGAGUCAAUGAGCAAAGGUAUUGUUGUUACUAAUAGGUGAUUUUGGCAUGAAGAAAAACUGGCCAUAAAAUACAGUUGAAGAUUUGGCUGCAUUUUUGCCUUACGAUUACAUACCUUAAUAAUUACAACUCAAUUGAGGGAUCCAUAUAUGUUCUUUCUCAUUUUCUGGCAGUAAAUCAUAUUCAUCAUAUACGUCCCAAUUUUGCACACACAAAAAAUGAAAAUAGCCCCCAAAAGGAAGGCAGGAUAAUGCGAUCUAUCCUCAAAAGACCCUGUGCUGUCAUUUCUCAACAAAGGCGCAGAGAGAAAUCAAGGUAUGGAAUCUAAUGAAUGUCCGUGAAGGAGGUACUUUUGAAUGCUUUAAAGAAAGUCUAAAUAAAGUUGCGUUUUCUUUUCUUUUCUUUUUUUUUUGAGACAGAGUUUCACUUUUGUUUCCCAGGCUGGAGUGCAAUGGCGCAAUUUCGGCUCAUUGCAUCCUCUACCUCAAGCAAUUCUCCUGCCUCAGCCUCCCAAGUAGCUGGGAUUACAGGCGCCCGCCUGUAUUUUUAGUAGAGACGGGGUUUCAUCAUGUUGGCCAGGCUGGUCUCCAAAGCCUGACCUCAGGCGAUCCACCUGCCUCAGCCUCCCAAAGUGCUGAGAUUACAGGUGUGAGCCACCGCACCCAGCCGAAAUUGUGUUUUCUAAAGCUAUUUACAUAUAAGCUGCCGCUCCUUAGGAAAAUUUGGUGCUAUGGUUUAUAUUUUGGCAUGAAACAGCAUUGGGCUGUAUUCCAGAAUCCUGCUUGAAUAUUUCUUUUGAAGAAAUCAGAAAUUUUCUUUGCAUUUUUUUUAUUUUUUUGAGACAGGUUCUCAGUCUGUCACCUAGGCUGGAGUACAGUGGUGCCAUUAUAGCUCACUGCAGACUUGAAUUCCUGGACUCAAGCAAUUCUCCUGCCUCAGCCUCCCAAGUAGCUAGGACUACAGGCAGGCGCCAUUCCUCUCAGCUAAUGUUUUUAUUUUUUAUACAUAUGGGGUCUCGUUGUGUUGCCCAGGCUGGUAUUGAACUCCUGGCCUCAAGCAAUCUUCCCUCUUCGGCCUCCUAAAAUGCUGGGGUUACAGGUGUGAGCCACUUCACUCACUUUAGAGAUUUUCACUUUAUGAAUUGAUAAAUACAGCAUUGCAUCACUUAAUAGGGAUACAUUCUGAGAAAUGCAUCAUGAGGCAGUGUCAUGAUCGUGCAAGCAUCACAGAGUGCUGAUACAAACCGAGAUGGUACAGCCUACUAAACACCUAGGCUAUAUGGUAGAGCCUGUUGCUCCUAGGCUACAAAUCUGUACUGCAUGUUACUGUGCUGGAUACUAUAGCAAUUGUAACACAAUGGUAAUUAUUUGUAUAUGUAAACCUAUCUAAACACAGAAAAGGUACAGUAAAAAUAUGGUACUAUAAUCUUUUUUUUUUUUUGAGACAGAGUCUCACUCUGUCGCCCAGGCUGGUGUGCAGUGGUGUGAUCUCAGCUCAUUGCAACCGCCACCUCCUGGGUUCAAGUGAUUCUCCUGCCUCAGCCUCCCGAGUAGCUGGGACUACAGGUGCGCGCCACCAAACCCAGCUAAUUUUUGUAUUUUUAGUAGAGACGGGGUUUCACCAUGUUGUCCAGGAUGGUCUCAAUCUCCUGACCUCGUGAUCCACCCGCCUCGGCCUCUCAAAGUGCUGGGAUUACAGGCGUGAGCCACCAUGCCUGGCCGGUACUAUAAUCUUAUGAGACCACCAUUAUAUAUGCAGUCCAUCAUGGACCAAAAUGUCAUGUGGUGCAUGAGUAUUUUUCAUCUAACUUAUAUAUUGCUCAAUGAAGUUUGGGCAACUCUAAGGAGCAAACGUUUAUAGAAUCUAAGUCAACUUGACCUAAACAUAUACGACAAAAUAGGAGUGAUUUUACAAAUUCAUAUUUUGUAGACCUAACUGCAAGGUUAUAAGGCAUAUGCAAAAUGAUUUCAUCAGUUCAGAGGACUAACAGGACUCCACAGAGCAUACCCAGGAAAUGUUUUUACUUAGAAGCAAAGGAUGUGGCUCAGCAAAAGAAAGGGAAGGUAAGCAUUAGGGCUCAGAAUCAUCUAGCUGCACAUUCCUCAGUGGUUUUAUUCACACACAGACUGCACACUGUCUCUGAACUGAAGCACUAAGACCUGUAUCAAACUUGAUUUGGGGAGAGCUGACAGCAGAACUUCUCUACAUGGGUUUUUUUGUUGUCAUUGUUUUGUUUUUUGAGACAGAGUCUUGCUCUGUCACCCAGGCUGGAGUGCAAUGGUGCAAUCUCAGCCCACUGCAACCUCCGCCUCCCAGGUUCAAGCAAGUCUUCUGCCACAGCCUCCCCAAGUAUCUGGGAUUACAGGCAUGUGCCACCACAACCAGCUAGUUUUUGUGUUUUUAGUAGAGACAGGGUUUCUCCAUGUUGGCCAGGCUGGUCUCGAAGUCCUGACCUCAGGCAAUCCUCCACCCACCUCGGCUUCCCAAAGUGCUGAGAUUAUAGGCGUGAGCCACCGUGCCCAGCCACUGCAUGGGUAUUUAUGCUUCUCUGUUCACUGGUUACAUAGUCAAGCCAGGCUAUUUAACUGGUUAUGUAAGUUUAAAAAAGUUAAAAAGCCAUCAUAAACAAAUUGGCUCUGGGAGUCUCCCAGGGAAUAUCAGACUUUAACUAGUACCUUGUAUAGCUCACUGGCCUUAUCCCAACCAAGAGUCAGAGCCAGACAUCCGGGCAUCGUGGAGAUAAUUUUAGAGCUUUGCAGUCUGACUGUAAAUCAGCUCCAUCUUAUAAACAUGGUUCCUAUAACUGCUGUAUAUUUCCUGAUAAUGUAUGUGAAGAAGCCUAUCUCCUCACCCUCUGUGUCCCCAGUAUCAGAUAGCGCACAGUACAUCUCAAAUGUGAUCAUUUCUUGUCAGCUAAUGCUUGAAUUUCUCCACUCAGUUUCUGGUCUAGCAAUAGAGCUAGGCUUGCCAUGUCCUGCUUCACAAGUAAUGUGCAACAGCAAAAGCACAGGCUCCAACACUAGUCUACAACAUUCACCUGGGAUGUUCUAGAUAUCAUCAGUUUAUAAUCAGGCUUUUUUUUUUUUUUUUUUUUUUGAGACAGUGUCUCGCUCUGUCGCCCAGGCUGGAGGCAGUGGCUCGAUCUUGGCUCACUGUAAGCUCCGCCUCCUGGGUUCACACCAUUGUCCUGCCUCAGCCUCCUGAGUAGCUGGGACUACAGGCACCUGCCACCAUGCCCAGCUAAUUUUUUGUAUUUUUAGUAGAGACAGGGUUUUACUGUGUUAGCCAGGAUGGUGUCGAUAUCCUGACCUCAUGAUCCACCCGCCUCGACCUCCCAAAGUGCUGGGAUUACAGGCGUGAGCCACCGCACCCGGCGUAUAAUCGGACUUUUCAAAACCCUAGAUAUGUGACAAUACCAAGUGCUGACAAGAAUAUGGAACAACUGGAACUCUUUCUUUUUUAACUUUUGUUUUAGAUUCAGGAGUACGGAUGCGGAUUUGUUACUGGAGCUUUCAUACACUGGUAAUAGGAAAGGCAAAAUGGUAAAGCCGGUCUGGAAAACAAUAUGCCCGUCUCAAAAAGUUACACAUCCAAUAUGACCCAGCAAUCCCACUUAUAAGUAUUUAUCCUAAAGAAAUGAAAAAUUAUGUGCACACAGAAACCUGUACAUGAGUGUUUGUAAGUAUUAUUUAUAAUUUAAAAAAAAAACUAGAGACAAGCAAAUGUUCUUCAGUGUGUAAAUGCAUACACUGUGGUACAUUCCCAAGAUGGAAUUCUACUCAACGAUAACAAUAAUGAGCUACUGAAACAUGCAACUACAUAGAUGAACCUCGAAUGCAUUACGCUAAAGGAAAGAACCCAGUCCCAAAAAGUUACAUACUGUAUGAUUCCAUUUAUAUGACAUGCUGGAAAAGGUGAAAAUAUAACAACAGAAAACAGAUCAAAUGUUGCUGAGUGUCUGGGGUGGGGUGGGGUCUGAAUACAGAGGGGUUGCACGAGGGAAUUCUUUGAGGUGUUGGAAUUGUUUUGUAUUCUGCUUGUGGUCAUAGAUAACAAAAAAUCUAUGCAUGUGUAAAAAAUAGAAGUAUACAUACAAAAAAGUGAAUUGUACUGUCUGUAAUUUUUUUAAAUAAAUAAAAAUCCCCAGCUCUGCUUCA